GAGCAUCAGAGACUCAUACGGGUUUCACAUUCUCUAUUAUAGUAAUACUAUUAUUAUAAACAUUAACAUAUAAAAUAAUAAAAAAUAGCAUAGAUCAAUUAAUAUAAUGAUCGUGAUAUUAUGACAGAGAAUCCAUAGUCGAUCGAGGAUUCGAGGCCAGGCCGAUCGACCAACUCUAUCUCUUCCAAUCCUUUCAUUUAUUUUGUUCCUAGCUUUGGGCGAGGGUGACGGCCGCGUUCGCCAUUGCCACCUCACUGCUCACGCUACCGCCUCUAAAGCAAAAGGACGAUGCUCUCCCCCUCCUCUUUCGUCGUGGCUAUCUCCAUCGUCUCUUUCCUUGACCACAGCGGCAAUGGGGUAGAGAGAGAAUAAAAGAUACCUGAAAUCCACUUUAGCCCGGACCAUUCCUGCCGGCCGGUGAGUGGCUCGCUGGCCCCGCCGCCGGCGGUGAUACCCACAGCCAUCCUGCGAGCUUUAUAUAAGCCGCAGGUGAGGGAGACGCUCUCGCACCGCAGAGCAAGAAGAGUUUGCAGAUUAACUCGAUCUCUGGACAAGCUUUGAGUACUGAUCUCGGAGUGAUCUUUGUUGUUGUGAGUUGUGACCGGCCUGCAGCCGGAGAAAGGCGGAUCGAGAUGGCGUUUCUGGACGGACUGUACGGCGGCGGCGGCGGCCGGAGGAGGAUGGCGACGACAGCGAAGGGCGCCGGCGCAGGGAGGCGGCGGUCGUCGGCGGCGGUGGCGGCGCCGCGGCCGGUGAGGCAGCUGUACUGGAAGCUGAGGUCGAGGUUGCGGUCGUCGUCGUCGAAGCGGCACGGCGGCGGCGGCGCGGCGGCGAGGUUCGGGUACGACCUUCAGAGCUAUUCCCGGAACUUCGACGACGGCGGCCUCGAUCGAUCGUCUCCGGCCAGCUACCGCUUCUAGGCUCAUGUAGCUAGGUAGCUAGAGAAGAGUGCCCUGCCAUUGCUGGAGACCGGAGAGUGCAAUAUAUUCUGGUCUACCUGCAAUAAUUAUGCAAGUGGUAUUAGUGUUAGAUCUACUUGUAAUUGUAGUGUUGUUCUGUCUUCAUACAAUUUGGUCAGAUUUGCUUUUUUUUAUAUUGCCAUAGAUAACUAAAUUAAUGGAGGAACUAAAACUUGGUUACGUAUA